GAAAGACGGUUACGAUAGCAUGGACUGGUAUACAUAUGUCUUCAGUCAACGAUGAUAGUGUUUUGUGUGCUUACGGGCUUGCAUGUUGAACGGCUCCCGCCGAUAAGAAAAGCUACCGCAGAGUAUUGGUCCAAAAGAUUCCAGAAAUAACCAUCUUGAACUUCUUCUAUCGACGACUCAAAGGCUGGCAAUACUGAUCCCAUAAGCCAUAGGCGUAGAAGGACUUGUAAGUCUGGUUAAAUCCACCUGCGCUCGCAAUACAUAACAACAAAAAAGUGUCAUGGCGUCCAAGGCCCAUGUGGACAACACGGUGAAUGAACGCCGACUAAGACCGAUUUAUGACUGGCUGGAUCAUGGAAAUAAUAAAAAAGCUCUUCAAGAAGCCGAAAAGGUGCUUAAAAAACAGCCGAGUAAUCAAUGCGCCAGAGUCCUCAAGGCACUGGCUUUACUUCGUCUUGGCAAGGAAGAUAAUUGCCAGAUGAUAAUGGAAGAAGUACGUGCUGAGGUUCCCUGCGAUGAUUCUACCCUUCAGGCCAUGAGUAUCUGUUAUCGGGAAAUACAUAAACCGGAUAAAAUCAGUGAGUUGUACGAAGCAGCAGUCAAAGCAGACCCAACCAACGAAGAACUUCUUACGCAUCUAUUUAUGUCCUACGUGCGUCUAUGUGAUUUUAAAAAACAACAGCAAACAGCGGUUGCUCUUUACAAGCUGAAGCCCAAGAAUCCUUAUUAUUUUUGGGCUGUGAUGAGCGUAGUAAUGCAAGCUAUGCAAGCUGAUGAAAGGUUGGCAAAAGCUGUUGUACUACCACUUGCUGAGAGAAUGGUAUUGAAAAUGGUGAAUGAAGGCAGAAUUGAAGCAGAACAAGAAGUUCAUUUGUACCUUAUGGUGUUGGAACUUCAAGGAAAAGAGGAGGCAAUUAUGGAGGUUUUAACAGGACCUCUUGCCUUCCGUUUAUCAUCUCUCCCUCAACGGCGAGCCACACUUAUGUUGCAGUUGCAUCGAUACUCGGAAGCAGCUAGUACCUUUAAAGAACUGAUGCAUGAAGACAUUGACAACUGGACCUAUUAUCGUGACUACUUAGCAGCUGCAUUAAAAUCAGAAACACCACAAAAGUGCUUGGAUCUUUUAAACGAGAUUAUUGCAACAAAGGGUGAGAAAGCAAGAGCUCCUCGACUUGCCCGUUUUGAACUGCUGAAACAUGCACGCUUAUUAAAAAUUGAGCUGAACUCGCUUGAUUCUACACAACUGAUGCACCAAUAUUUUACGCAGUUUGGGGAGAAAGGAUGUGUAGUUGGAGACUUGAAAUUGUACUUACACCUUCUAAAGCCAGAUGAACGACUGCAUUUAAUUAAAAAGCUGGAGCAAGACGUGGCUGUUGGUGCCGAUGAUUAUCCUACUACCAUAGGACAGAUGCAAAGACACAUUCAUUUAGAGCAAUUAAGACGCAUAUGUGGCCUACAUCAUUCUCCUACGACUAGUAUAGAAGAGAGAAUCAGUUUGGCAGAUCGUCUAUGUGACCUUCAUAAAAAGGGAAAUGCACUUUGUCCUGCAAGCGAUCGAUUGCCAACUGACUUCUGUCCUGCUGAUGCAUAUGGUCUUUUGGCCACUCACUUGUUUCAUCAGCUUUGGGUUGAAACGCAAGAAGCGUUGUACCUUUACAGGGCAAUGGCACUACUAGAGCAAAGUCUUGUGUCAAGUCCUUCCAACUUUCACACAAAAAUUUUACUGGUACGAAUUUAUCUUGAAGCUGGUCUUGUUGGGGCAGCUAAUCAUAUAUUCGCGUUACUAGACGUCAAACAUAUACAGUUGGAUUCAUUGGGGCACCUGCAUGCCCCACUUCUUGCACCCUUGGGACAUUUAUCACAGGCAUCUUCAACUCUCGAUCAUGCUGCAAAGUUCUUCGUAACAAAUUACAAAGAUAGCGCAGACCAUUUAACAUUUGCUUAUAAGUAUGGCAGUUUCGUAAAAAUCCAAGAGUUUGUGGAACUAAGGAAACGAUUGGAUAAUUCAUUACAUUUUGCGAUGACAACUGUGGAUAAAAUGUUACUCGAACUUAGUUGGUGCGAUAGUCCUAAUAUCCUCUCCGUCAUGCUCACUUCUAUGCGGAUACAACCCCAUGAAGAUUCAAUUAGAUGGAACCUCAUCAGAGACAAUAGAGACCUUGAGGUGGUUGUUGGAUGGGAGCCUUUAGAUAGCUAUGAGAAAGACCCUCGUUUUCGAGAAGAGACUGUAUCCUGUAUGCUGGUAUUACUUUCUGCUCGCAAUUUACUAUUGCGGAUAGUCGCAGCAGCAGCUGAAACUGAAUCAUCGCCACUUUUAGCUCAACUGGGUACUGAGCUUGAGAAGUUGCAACAAGAACGUAUUCCUGAGGUUUUAGAUCAUUUACAAGAUCGGGGAAGCAGUGCACAGAGCAUUUUGGUACCUUUAGAUGCGAUAGAGCGUUUGAAAGAAGCUCAUGAGUCGGAACAAUUGAAAAUCAUUGCACGACUUGCAAAGUGUCUAUCACGCUCUUCGUCUCCUGAUUCUCAGUGCCUACAGGACUUGGAUGCAACCCCAGGCCUCCGAACUCUUCCAAUACCGUGUCAACAAACUCCAGCUUCAUACAAACGAUUUCUUAUGAGAGCAGUGACAUGUGGUGAAACACUCGCAUUGAUUGGGGCUGUAUGCUGUGGUUAUACCACAUCUCAAACUCCGUCCUCAAAUAAAAAAAAUAAUAAAAAGUCGGGCAAAAAAAUCAAAUCACCUCAGCCUGAUCAAUUAACGGAUGGUUGGAAAGACAUAGGAAACUUACUAGUGGAAAGAGCUAAUGUAUUGGAUUCAGUUCUUUCAAUGUUAGAAAAGGUACAAUUGCAAACAGGGCUGGAUUCUGAAGAAGCCGUAACAGCAACUGUGGUACAACGUAGUCAAGAAAGCAUCGCACAAAGUUCUAGGGAGAUUAAGUCUCGUGUGCAGUUAACUAUAAAACUAUUAAAUAGCCUGAAUAGUUGAAAAUAUUAGAAAAACGUCUGUACAAAGAUCAUCCAUCAAUUCGUUCACUGGUCUGAGAGUGCCAUCUUGUUAUUUAUGUACAUAAGGCUUUGCCACAGCAAACCGAUACCCAUGAGAUUAUAUCUGUCAUAGGCAUCUAAUAAAAUCAGGCAUUUAAUUAAAAGCCUAGUCAUCUAAUUAAAUGCCGGCAUUUAAUGAAAAUCGUAUUGAUGUCUUUCAUUUACCAUUAUCUGCCUAGGGAUUAACUUAAAU